CAGCUUAUUUGUCACACCCACACAGCAUCACUGCCGUGGAGGUAGCACAACUUCACUGUCACACCCACACAGCAUCACUGCCAUGGAGGUACCACAGCUUCUCUGUCACACCCACACAGCAUCACUGCCAUGGAGGUACCACAGCUUCUCUGUCACACCCACACAGCAUCACUGCCAUGGAGGUACCACAGCUUCUCUGUCACACCCACACAGCAUCACUGCCAUGGAGGUACCACAGCUUCUCUGUCACACCCACACAGCAUCACUGCCACGGAGGUAGCACAACUUCUCUGUCACACCCACCCACCCACACAGCAUCACUGCCAUGGAGUAUUUUGACGACCGCCUCAAAGGGACCGCGUCAAGUAUCGGAGCGACCUUGGUUACUAACGAGACCACCCCGGUUACUAACGGAACCACUACAGUUACUAACGGAACCACCCAGGUUACUAAUGGAACCACCCCGGUUACUAAAGACUACAAGUUUGCCAGCUGGAUGACUCUUCUAGCCCAGUUACCCCUGCUCCUCUUCACCCUGGCCAACUCCUUCCUGUAUCAGCGUAUCAAAGAGAAGGUCCGGAUUGCUGUCAGUAUGGUCUCCAUCCUCUUCCUCUUCCUCCUCACUGCCAUCAUGGUCAAAGUGCCCAUGCAGCCCCACAGCUUCUUCUCUAUCACCAUGGCAACUAUAUGGUUCAUCAACUCUUUUGGAGCAGUGCUCCAGGGCAGUCUGUUUGGGCUGGUGGGUCUGCUCCCCCCGAGGUACAGCACAUUGUUUAUGAGUGGUCAGGGAUUGGCAGGGAUCUUUGCUGCCAUGGCUAGUCUGUUCUCUAUCCUCAGUAAAGCAGACAAGGCCAGUGCUGCUCUUGGGUACUUCAUAACCCCCUGUGUGGCAACACUGAUCACCCUGCUUAGCUACUUACUACUGCCACACCUGGAGUUUGCCCAGUUUUACUUUGAGAAAAGUAAGUGUCACCAUGACCAACCUGAGACCACAGACAAGCUUCUCAAGGGAGCCGACAAAGAAAAAUUAGCGUUGGUCAGUGGCGACCAAAAUGGCUUCAACAAUAAACCCAUAAUAACCAAUGGUGAUUUUGAGGCCAGUGGGACCAAAGAAGCCCUGUUCAUGAUGCAGCAGACUGACAGUCACAGCAGGUCAUCUGUCCUGGCAGUCUUCAAAAAGAUUUGGGUGAUGGCCCUCUGUGUGACGUGUGUGCUGGCUGUCACACUGUCAGUUUUCCCUGCUGUCACAGUAAAAGUGAAGAGUGUGUAUGGAAACAAGGAAUGGGACCGAUACUUUCUCUGUGUCUGCUGUUUCAUCGUCUUUAACGUCAUGGACCUGAUUGGCCGCAGUGUCACCUCUAUGGUUCAGUGGCCCUCAAAGAGAAGCGGUCUGUUCCCUGUGCUCGUGGUCUCCCGUGUGGUCUUCAUCCCUCUCAUCAUGCUGUGCAACACUGACAAGCGCCAGUACCUGCCAGUCCUGUUCUCCCAUGACAUUGCCUUCCUUGUUAUCAUGACAUUAUUCGCCUUGUCCAAUGGAUAUUUCAUCUGUCUCUGCAUGUCUUAUGCACCUCAGUUGGUGAGGGCUAAAGACUGUGAGACAGCAGGGGCCUUGAUGACCUUCUUCUUGGCUCUGGGUCUGUCUCUAGGGGCAGCGCUCUCUUUCCUCCUGAGGAACCUGCUCUAGAGGCAACUGGCCCCUCACAAAAAUGUUUUAUGAAUAUUUAUGAUUUACUCACUGAAGGGAAAUAGAUGAGACCCAUCUUCCAUAAUGCCAACGCAAAAUUAUAUGGAUAUUUCAAAUGAAGUAAGGUUAUUGUACACUGAUCUACACUGAACAAAAAUAUCAACGCAACAUGCAACAAUUUCAAAGAUUUUACUGAGUUACAGUUCAUAUAAGGAAAUCAGUCAAUUGAAAUGAAUUCAUUAGGCCCUAAUCUAUAGAUUUCACUGGGAAUACAGAUUUGCAUCAGUUGGUCACAGAUACCUAAUAAAAAAAGUAAGUAAGUUAGGGCGUGGAUCAGAAAACCAGUCAGUAUCUGGUGACCACCAUUUGCUUCAUGCAGCGCAACACAUCUCCUUUGCAUAGAGUUGAUCAGGCUGUUGAUUGUGGCCUGUGGAAGGUUGUCCCACUCUUCAAUGUGUGAAGUUGCUGGAUAUUGACAGGAACUGGAAUAAGCUGUUGUACACGUCGAUGAAGAGCAUCCCAAGAAUGCUCAAUGGGUGACAUGUCUGGUGAGUAUGAAGGCCAUGGAAGAACUGGGACAUUUUCAGCUUCCAGGAAUUAUGUUCAGAUCCUUUGAUAUGGGGCCGUGCAUUAUCAUGCUGAAACAUGAGGUGAUGGCGGCGGAUGAAUGGCACGACAAUGGGCCUCAGGAUUUUGUCACAGUAUCUGUGCAUUCAAAUUGCCAUCAAUAAAAUGCAAUUGUUCAUUGUCCGUAGCUUAUGCCUGCACAUACCAUAACCCACCACCAUCAUGGGGCAGGCACUGUUCACAACGUUGACAUCAGCAAACCGCUCACCAACACGACGUCGUACACUCUGCCAUCUGCCCGGUACAGUUGAAUCCGGAAUUAAUCCAUGAAUAGCACACUUCUCCAGCGUGCCAGUAGCCAUCAAAGGUGAGCUUUUGCCCAGGACAACGAGCACACUGCAGAAAUUCUUUGGUCGUGCCAGCCAACAGUUUCAUCAGCUGUCCGGCUAGUCUUGGACGAUCCCUUAGGUGAAGAAGCCGGAUGUGGAAGUCCUGGGCUGGUGUGGUUGUGAGGCCGAUGGAUGUACUGACAAAUUCUCUAAAAUGAUGGAGAGAAAUGAACAUGCAAUUCGCUGGCAACAGCUCUGGUGGACAUUCCUGCAGCCAGCAUGACAAUUGCACGCUCCCCUCAAAAUUGAGGCAUCUGUGGCAUUGUAUUGUGUGACAAAACUGCACAUUUUAAAGUGGCCUUUUACUGUCCCCAGCAGAAUGUGCACCUGUGUAAUGAUCACGCUGUUUAAUCAGCUUCUUCAUAUGCCACAUCUGUCAGGUGGAUGGAUCAUCUUGGCAAAGGAGAAAUGCUCACUAACAGGGAUGUAAACAAAUCUGUGCACAACAUUUUUGCGAAAUAAGCUUUUUGUGCAUAUGGAAUAUUUCUGGGAUCUUUUAUUUCAGCUCAUAAAGCAUGGGACCAACCCUUUAAAUCAAAUCAAAAUCAAAUGUAUUUGUAUAGCCCUUUGUACAUCAGCUGAUAUCUCAAAGUGCUGUACAGAAACCCAGCCUAAAACCCCAAACAGCAAGCAAUGCAGGUGUAGAAGCACGGUGGCUAGGAAAAACUCCCUAGAAAGGCCAAAACCGAGGAAGAAACCUAGAGAGGAACCAGGCUAUGAGGGGUGGCCAUCCUCUUCUGGCUGUGCCGGGUGGAGAUUAUAACAGAACAUGGCCAAGAUGUUCAAAUGUUCAUAAAUGACCAGCAUGGUCAAAUAAUAAUAAUCACAGUUGUUGUCAAGGGUGCAGCAAGUCAGCACCUCAGGAGUAAAUGUCAGUUGGCUUUUCAUAUCCGAUCAUUAAGAGUAUCUCUACCGCUCCUGCGGUCUCUAGAGAGUUGAAAACAGCAGGUCUGGGACAGGUAGCACGUCCGGUGAACAGGUCAGGGUUCCAUAGCCGCAGGGAGAACAGUUGAAACUGGAGCAGCAGCACAGCCAGGUGGACUGGGGACAGCAAGGAGUCAUCAGGCCAGGUAGUCCUGACGCAUGGUCCUAGGGCUCAGGUCCUCCGAGAGAGAGAAAGAAAGAGAGAAUUAGAGAGAGUAUACUUAAAUUCACACAGGACACCGGAUAAGACAGGAGAAGUACUCCAGAUAUAACAAACUGACCCUACAUGUUGUGUUUAUAUUUAUGUUCAGUGUAUAUACAUUAUAUCUAUAUAUACAGUGGGGCAAAAAAGUAUUUAGUCAGCCACCAAUUGUGCAAGUUCUCCCACUUAAAAAGAUGAGAGGCCUGUAAUUGUCAUCAUAGGUACACUUCAACUAUGACAGACAAAAUGAGAAAAACAUUUCCAGAAAAUCACAUUGUAGGAUUUUUAAUGAAUUUAUUUGCAAAUUAUGGUGGAAAAUAAGUAUUUGGUCACCUACAAACAAGCAAGAUUUCUGGCUCUCACAGACCUGUAACUUCUUCUUUAAAAGGCUCUGUCCUCCACUCGUUACCUGUAUUAAUGGCACCUGUUUGAACUUGUUAUCAGUAUAAAAGACACCUGUCCACAACCUCAAACAGUCACACUCCAAACUCCACUAUGGCCAAGACCAAAGAGCUGUCAAAGGGCACCAGAAACAAAAUUGAAGACCUGCACCAGGCUGGGAAGACUGAAUCUGCAAUAGGUAAGCAGCUUGGUUUGAAGAAAUCAACUGUGGGAGCAAUUAUUAGGAAAUGGAAGACAUACAAGACCACUGAUAAUCUCCCUCGAUCUGGGGCUCCACGCAAGAUCUCACCCCGUGGGGUCAAAAUGAUCACAAGAACGGUGAGCAAAAAUCCCAGAACCACACGGGGGGACCUAGUGAAUGACCUGCAGAGAGCUUGGACCAAAGUAACAAAGCCUACCAUCAGUAACACACUACGCCGCCAGGGACUCAAAUCCUGCAGUGCCAGACGUGUCCCCCUGCUUAAGCCAGUACAUGUCCAGGCCUGUCUGAAGUUUGCUAGAGAGCAUUUGGAUGAUCCAGAAGAAGAUUGGGAGAAUGUCAUAUGGUCAGAUGAAACCAAAAUAGAACAUUUUGGUAAAAACUCAACUCGUCGUGUUUGGAGGACAAAGAAUGCUGAGUUGCAUCCAAAGAACACUAUACCUACUGUGAAGCAUGGGGGUGGAAACAUCAUGCUUUGGGGCUGUUUUUCUGCAAAGGGACCAGGACGACUGAUCCGUGUAAAGGAAAGAAUGAAUGGGGCCAUGUAUCGUGAGAUUUUGAGUGAAAACCUCCUUCCAUCAGCAAGGGCAUUGAAGAUGAAACGUGGCUGGGUCUUUCAGCAUGACAAUGAUCCCAAACACACCGCCCGGGCAACGAAGGAGUGGCUUCGUAAGAAGCAUUUCAAGGUCCUGGAGUGGCCUAGCCAGUCUCCAGAUCUCAACCACAUAGAAAAUCUUUGGAGGGAGUUGAAAGUCCGUGUUGCCCAGCAACAGCCCCAAAACAUCACUGCUCUAGAGGGGAUCUGCAUGGAGGAAUGGGCCAAAAUACCAGCAACAGUGUGUGAAAACCUUGUGAAGACUUACAGAAAACGUUCUGUCAUUGCCAACAAAGGGUAUGUAACAAAGUAUUGAGAAACUUUUGUAGGUGACCAAAUACUUAUUUUCCACCAUAAUUUGCAAAUAAAUUCAUUAAAAAUCCUACAAUGUGAUUUUCUGGAUUUUUUUCUUCUUACAGGCCUCCCUCAUCUUUUUAAGUGGGAGAACUUGCACAAUUGGUGGCUGACUAAAUACUUUUUUGCCCCACUGUAAGGUACAGUACCAGUCAAAAGUUGACACACCUACUCAUUCAAGGGUUUUCUUUAUUUUUACUAUUUUCUAUAUUGUAGAAUAAUAGUGAAGACAUCAAAACUAUGAAAUAACACAUAUGGCAUCAUGUAGUAACCAAAAAAGUGUUAAACAAAUAUAUUUUAUAUUUGAGAUUCUUCAUAGUAGCCACCCUUUGCCUUGAUGAUAGCUUUGCACGCUCUUGGCAUUCUCAACCAACCAAUGUAUAAAAUAGUCAAAAUAAAGAAAGACCCUGGAAUGAGUAGGUGUGUCCAAACUUUUAACUGUUAUUGUAUAUAUUUUUUUAUGGAAGUAUUUUGUUCUGGUUGAGGAUUUUACUUUUGUAUUUUUAUACUGUGUAUUAUUUUCCUUUUCACUAUAUUGUUAUUGCAUUUCAUGAUCUUUUAAAGUUAUUUCAUACACAAUA